CGCGAGCCGACAUUCCUUUGUAGGCCAAGCCACGGGUGACUAUUCCUAGCUCUAGCUCUAGCUCUCGAGAUGUCCGACUAACGCUCGACUUGUAUGCAGGAUCCCCCGCUGCGACCUUCCUUCCAAGCGGAUAUAUACAUUCGGGAUCGAGCGAAGAACGUCCCGAGAGUCACAGCCCUCCCGGAGUCGCAGUUCGAUCAGUUCAAUGGCGCGUCACGGUCGCCGCGACGCUCGAGCUGCUAUCGCAAUCGCCGCAUCGUCCAACGGCUGCCCUCCGAUUCCGCAGCUCGACGCAUCGUGUGCGUGGGUUUGUCAGGUCGCGUCCAAUCGCCUCGCCCUAUCUGCCUGUGGAUCUCUCGAUUGUCGGAAACCGAACACGAAGACUCGGAAGGCACGCUCGUGCGCGGGGAUGCGAAGGUUGACUCACUCGCGCUGACACCCCUGGCACGCCAUCCGCCAAGAUCGCUCGCGCCCGUGUCCGUGCGAGAGUCGUGUAGGGCGGCUCGAUCUAGCUGCAGAUGGGAGCAUGCUUCCCGACCCCAGUUGGAUGUGCGUCUCUCCCCGCACUGCGCCUCCCGAGUAACGCUGUUCGAAACUGGAGACCCUAGAUGUGGCGGCGGGGGAGGCGUCGUUACCGUGUAUCACCGAGGCGGCCUGGCUUCCGAGCCAGCAAGACGUGUCCGUGUCUGCGGGGCAGUGGCAAUUCCCCACCGUUUUCCCCGCAUUCCCCGCAGACGCUGUGUUGCAGUCCGGACGGCGGCAGCGUCACACUGCCUUCCGGGCUCGACGUUACGCCGGCGCGCUGGCGGGCAGUGGUCACGGUCGGACCGCCCCACGGGCGAUUCCUGGAAGGGCGUCUCUGUCCCGGAAAUCCGCGUGUGGAAGUAGCUAUCACAUCUGAAUUGACUCGACGAGUGGUUAUUGAACACCGUAGCUGCAAGCCGUUGUACAGUGGCCCAGGCUCUUUGAAUGGGUGGAGGAUCACUUUGUCUAAAGGGACAGUCCCGUGGUCGUUAUUGAUGCUCAGCUUCAUAUUGCGAAGCUCGUUGAGAGCCCGUUCUCGAGUCUGGCCAGGUGGAGCAAUUCAGACGCUCU